CUGGCCCGCCGUAGCCUCCCUCUCCGAUCGGGACCGGACUCGUUUCUUCCUCGAGUUUCCCGCGGGGACUAACUCUUGAAGACGACCAACUGCAGCCGAGAGUUUUGCCGGCCGGGCCAACCAGAGGCGAGAUGGAAGAGGCGGGGGUGGGAGCCGCCAAAUUGUCUAGGAGAGAGUCCGUUUCUCCUGUAAAGGGCGAGUCGCCCUUCCUGGGACCCCGAGAGGAGCAAAGGAGCUGCGGGGGGGUGCGGAAGCGCAGGGACCUCUCCCCGCUCGGGUGCGGACCGCGGCGGGGCCGGGCUUACCCUUCAGCAACCCCCUCCAGGUGUCCGGGCCCAGCCUCGGCCACCAUGUCGCACCAGACCCCUCUAGGCUCCUCAGUGCCACACGCCAGCUGCCUAGACCUGUGGAGGGAAAAGAAUGACCAGCUAGUUCGACAGGCCAAGGUGGCUCAGGACUCGGGUCUGUCUCUGAGGCGACAGCAGUUGGCUCAAGAUGCACUGGAAGGGUUCAGGGGACUCCUCCAUAGUCUGCGGGGGCUCCCUGCGGCGGUUCCUGUUCUCCCCUUGGAAUUGACUGUUACCUGCAAUUUCAUUACCCUGAGGGCGAGCCUGGCCCAGGGUUUCACUGAGGACCAGGCACAGGAUAUCCAACAGGGCUUGGAGAGAGUGCUGGAGACCCAGGAGCAGCUGGGGCCUAGACUGGAAUGUGGGCUCAGGGGGCUGUGGGACUCUGUUCUCCAUUAUUCCUCCCUUCUGCUGGAGCUGCUGCCUGCCCUUCACCACCUGGCUGGCCUGCAGGCUGCCCUCUGGCUAAGCACUGACUGUCUUGGGGACUUGACCUUCCUGCUGCAGACCUUGAAUGGCAACCAGAGUGAGGCCUCUGAGAAUCUGCUGCGGCUUCUGAAAACUUGGAGCCCCCCAGCUGAGGAGUCAGAUGCUCCAUUGACCCUGCAGGAUGCCCGGGGCUUAAGGGAUGUCCUUCUUACUGCUUCUGCCUAUCGCCAAGGCCUCCGGGAGCUGAUCACAGGAAGUCUGCCCAGGGCACUGAGCAGCCUGCAAGAAGCAGCCUCAGGUCUGUGCCCACGGCCUGUGUUGGUCCAGGUGUACACGGCUCUGGGGACCUGUCUCCGUAAAAUGGGCAGUCCACAAAGAGCUCUGCUGUACUUGGUUGCAGCUCUGAAGGGGGGAUCAACCUGGGGUCCCCCGCUUCUGGAGGCCUCCAGGCUGUAUCGGCAACUGGGGAACACAGCAGCAGAGCUGGAGAGUCUGGAGCUGUUGGUUGAGGCCUUGAAUGUCACUCACAGUUCUGAAGCCCCCCAGCUUCUCAUCGAGGUAGAGUUAUUACUCCCCAGACUUCACCCAGCCUCACCCCUUCAUUGUGGCACACAGAGCCAGGCCAAGUACUUGCUAGCAAGCCGAUGCUUACACGUGGGAAGGGCAGAGGACGCUGCAGAGCAUUACUUGGACCUGCUGGCUCUGGUGCUGGAUGGCUUGGAGCCAAAGUUCUCCCCACCCCCUUCCCCCGCAGGGCCUUGUAUGCCUGAGGUCUUCUUAGAGGCAGCGGCAGCACUGAUCCAGGCAGGCCGAGCCCAGGAUGCCUUGACUGUAUGUGAGGAGCUGCUCAGCCGCACGUCAUCUUUGCUUCCCAAGAUGCCCCAGCUGUGGAAAGAUGCCAGAAAAGGAACCAAGGAGUCACCACACUGCCCAUCCUGGGUCUCUGCCACCUACCUGCUUCAGGGUCAAGCCUGGGUGCAGCUGGGGGCCCAAAAAGAGGCAAUUAGUGAAUUUAGCCGGUGCCUUGAGCUGCUCUUCCGGGCCAUUCCUAAGGACAAAGAACAAGGGCCUGCUUCCAAUGGUGAGAAGGGGUGUGUAUCAGAUAUGACACUACAACAGCUUCGGGCAGCUGCCCUGAUUAGUCGUGGACUGCAGUGGGUGGCCAGUGGCCAAGAUACCAAAGCCCUACAGGACUUCCUCCUCAGUGUGCAAAUGUGCCCAGGUAAUCAAGAUGCUUCCUUUCACCUGCUUCAGACUCUGAGGAGGAUGGAUCGGAGGGAUGAGGCCACUGCUCUCUGGUGGAGGCUAGAGGCCCAAACUAAGUUGCCACAGGAGAAUGCUGCAUGGUCUCUCCCCCUGUACCUAGAAACCUAUUUGGGCUGGAUUCGUUUCCCUGACCGUGAAACUCUUCUUGAGGAGUUUCAGACAUCUCUGCCGGAGCCUUGUGAUCUGUAGCUGCCACAUUUUAAAGAGCCUGAGCUGGGGCUCCAGUGGCCCAUUUCUCUGUGGGGAGGGUUUUCUGCUUUACCACUCUUGGGGGAUGUGGGUGAAACUAAUCAUUCCUAUAUAAGUCUGGCAUUGGAGAAGUUGGUAGUAGUCCUGCAAAAUUUGGCCUAGUUACUGCCAUUCUGGUUCCAGAGAAAGCUCCCUUGCCACCAUAAAGGCAUUAACUUUGCUUAUGACACCUUUUUUCCUGUUUUCCUUUUAAUCGUGUUUAGUAAAAUCUCAUAUUUAUCUCGUUUGCCUACUACACAUACUUGACUGGGAAGGCUCACAGCUGUCUGAUUCAGUUGAGUGCUGAUUAUCUAAG